AUGAGCUCUCCUCUCCCGCACAGUGAGUCCCGCAGCUCUGGGCAGAAGCAGCGCGGUGCAUCCGGAGGCAGAGACUCAGUCCCCGCGGAGGAGGAGACUGAGACCUCCUCCAGGAGACCCCUGUGUCAGCCCCGUAGGACCGAGGACCCGGUCCCGGGCCGGACUCACAAGGACCGAAGCCAGACUUCCAGAGCGAAGAACCAGAGCCCUUCACAGCAGAGCAGGAGGACGUCUCCUUCCACACCUCACAAACACAGAGAUGAAGCCGCCUUCCUGUUCGAGCCCAGCCGCAGAGAGAGGGCGCCCCGGGGGUCCACCUCCAGCCUCUGCUCCACGGACUCUCCAGGCGCGCGUGCCCGCCCCGGUGCGCGCGGCCGCUCCGGCAAAAGGCUGAGCACCACUCUGUCCGAGUACGAGUCUGUGCUUCACCCCAUCGUCAAGUCUGUGUACGGGCAGACCUCACAAACCUCAGACCUGACAGACUUCUCAGACCUCACAGACUUCUCAGACCUCACAGACGUCUUAGACCUCACAGACUUCUCAGACCUCACAGACUUCUCAGACCUCACAGACUUCUCAGACCUCACAGACUUCUCAGACCUCACAGACUUCUCAGACCUCACAGACUUCUCAGACCUCACAGACUUCUCAGACCUCACAGACCUCACAGACUUCUCAGACCUCACAGACUUCUCAGACCUCACAGACUUCUCAGACCUCACAGACUUCUCAGACCUCACAGACCUCAGACUUCUCAGACCUCACAGACCUCACAGACUUCUCAGACCUCAGACCUCACAGACCUCACAAACCUCAGACCUCACAGACUUCUCAGACCUGACAGACUUCUCAGACCUCACAGACUUCUCAGACCUCACAGACUUCUCAGACCUCACAGACUUCUCAGACCUCACAGACUUCUCAGACCUCACAGACCUCACAGACUUCUCAGACCUCACAGACUUCUCAGACCUCACAGACUUCUCAGACCUCACAGACUUCUCAGACCUCACAGACCUCAGACUUCUCAGACCUCACAGACCUCACAGACUUCUCAGACCUCAGACCUCACAGACCUCACAAACCUCAGACCUCACAGACUUCUCAGACCUCACAGACUUCUCAGACCUCACAGACUUCUCAGACCUCACAGACUUCUCAGACCUCACAGACUUCUCAGACCUCACAGACUUCUCAGACCUCACAGACCUCACAGACCCCCAGAGACCUCAGCUCUGA